AUGUUCAAUCACUUCUGGACAUGGAAGAAUCCUCUCUAUUGGCUACCCACAGGUUUCGUCCUCUCUCAUUAUUUUUAUAAUGUCAAUGUCAUUUCUGGCAGGAGCAUGCAGCCGACGUUGAAUCCGGAUACUUCGUCUUCCCGAGACGUUGCCAUUUUUCACCGCCAUGCUCUGUUCACCCGAGAUGCUUAUCAGAGAGACGACAUAAUUACUCUACGGUCUCCAGAGGACCCACGACGCACUCUGAUAAAACGAAUCAUAGCCUUGGAAGGUGAUGUCGUUCGGACUUUGCCACCGUAUCCCGCCCGCGACGUUCGCGUGCCAAUAGGCCAUAUCUGGGUCGAAGGAGAUGAGCCAUUUUACAGUGAUGAUAGCAAUAUCUUUGGACCUGUACCGAUGGCUCUUGUUGAAUCCAAGCUGGUUUGCAUUAUUUGGCCAUUGCAUCGAUUUGGCCGAGUAUCAAAGGCAGAGCUCCCACUAUCGCGAAAUGGACCAUCUUUUCGAAGAGCAAUGGCUCAGUUCGAUAGGGAGAGAGCGCGUGAAUCCAGAGUCACAAAAGUCUGAAGAAGCUCAUUGCAUGAAAGUCGACAGAAGGAUAUAACCACUACAGGAUUACCCGUUAUCAGUUGAUGCGGUUGGCCUUCCACCAGCCUGUCGACCAUCAUGGAUCUUGUUGUUACAAUUGUACGCAAGCGCGAAAUCACUCUGCGUCCCGGU